UUUAUUUUUAUAUCGCUGACCGGCCUGCCGGUGUGCGUGUAUCUACUGUACCUACACAUUGUGUUCUUUUGAGUGUAUAUAUACCCGAAGACGUUAGCUCGUUGUCGACACUCCAGUUGCAAUAUCCUGCAGUGUAUCUGCAGUAGAGCAGCCCUGCCAGUACGAGAAGGCCGACUCUUAUAAUAAUUUGUCCGUUUUCAAACUACUGCCACUGUACAAAUGUCCGAGAUGCAACAGCCGUUUGGAUAUUAGACAAGAUGAGCAGCACUGAAGGCGGUGAAAUGAUGACGGAAAUCUGCGGCAUUUUUCGUUUUUACAGCUUACAGUAACUGAAAUACCACUUUCUGAUGACUUCAGCGAUAAAAACAUCAAUCCAUGGGUGACGAACUUUAUAAUCUUACACAAUUAGCUGAAGUCAGUAUUGUGUAUUUCAAAAACCAUACUAAUUUAAUUAAAAAUGAAAAAUAUGAAGAAAAAAAUACUGAAAAUAUUCAAAUAAAAAAAAAUAAUAACAAAGAACGACAGUGUCCAGAUUGUGGGAAAUGUUACAGCACAUCCAGUAACUUAGCUAGACACCGACAAACUCACCGAUCGCUCGCUGAUACAAAGGCUCGACAUUGUCCACAUUGCAAUAAAGUUUAUGUAUCAAUACCAGCAUUUUCAAUGCACAUGAGAACCCAUAGUCAGUCUUGCAAAUGUCAUUACUGUGGUAAAUGUUUUUCCAGACCAUGGUUAUUACAAGGUCAUAUCCGAACUCACACUGGAGAAAAACCUUAUGAGUGUGAUAAAUGUUGUAAAGCAUUUGCUGAUAAAUCUAAUUUACGUGCUCAUUUGCAAACACAUUCUUCAGAAAAACCACAUAUUUGUCAAAAAUGUGGUAAAGCCUUUGCUCUCAAAUCAUAUUUGUACAAGCACGAAGAGUCAGCCUGUGGCAAAAUGACAUUAAAUAAUAAUGAUUAGAAUUACAAUAUUUUUAUGACAGAAAAUUUACUUAAAUAUUUGUUAUAUAUUACUUAUUUAUAGAACUAAAUACAUAGGAUAAGUUAUGUAUUUUUAAAUGUUAAGUUUGAAUUUUUUUAAACAACACUUUUUAAUUAACUGGCAUACGAGGUUCAUGAGAUUAUUAAUAUUUUUAUUUUUAUAUAGUUGUGAUUAUUUUAAUUUAAUCAUAAUAAAAAUUCAAUUAUAACUUAAAUAAAUUCUAUUAUUUUUAUCAAUGAAAAAAUAUGCAAAAACUAAGUUAUUAUUUAAAAUUUAGUUAUUA